AUGCAGAAGCUGGGAAGGGACCAUUGCCUUGAGCUGGGGAGUUCAAUGGCUGAGAGUAGGCUCUGGGCUCCGGACCUAGGGGCUCAGCUGGGGGUUUCCAGUUGUCUGAAAAAACGCCAGAAGAGCUCGCCGGAUGCGAGGAGGCAGCAGCCCUUUUCUGGAAAGUCCUUUUACUUGGAUCUGCCUGCUGGCAAGACUCUCCAGUUUUUGACGGAGGCAAUCCAGCAGCUGGGUGGGGUAAUUGAGGGUUUUCUGAGCAAAGAAGUAAGUUACAUCGUGUCCAGCCGCAGGGAGGCGAAGGCAGAGAGCAGUGGGACGAGCCACAGAGGCUGCUCCAGCUCCAGCCCCAGCGAGGUCAGAGUGGAAACUCCGUCCAUGGCCGAUCCAAAGGGCAGCCACACCAGGCCUUCACAGAAGCCCGUAGACUUGGUACCUAUGAGCAGAGGGAAGGAGCUACUGCAGAAGGCCAUCAGAAAUCAGGGGAGCAGCAGCGGAGGAGGCAGCGGGAGCCCCAGCAGCCUCCUGACCAAUGCCCGCUCCUGGGGAGUGAAGAUUCUGCAUGUGGACGAAAUGAUGAUGCAGGUGCAGCAGCUCUCUCUAGAUGCUCUAUGUGUGAAGAAACAAGGGCCCAAGAAGCCAGAGGGAACGUGUCCCGCAGCGUCAAGAACACGGAAAGUGGCCAGACUGAAGUCACCGUUCCUCAAAAUUGAAGAUGAGAGCAGGAAGUUUCGUCCUUUCCACCAUCAGUUUAAAUCCUUUCCUGAAAUUUCUUUUCUGGGACCCAAAGACGCAAGUCCCUUUGAGGCCCUGACGCUCCCGGGCAGCUCGCGCCAUACCAGAGGACGCAAGGACCGAGAGCCACGCCCACGAUCAGCCACCCGCACCGUGCCCAGGAGGAAGAAAGGUUACUGCGAGUGCUGCCAGCAGGCCUUUGAGGAGCUCCAUGGGCAUCUCCAGAGUGCCCAGCACCAGGGCUUUGCCCUAGAAGCCCGCCCGUACGCAGAAGUCGAUCGGAUCAUCGCCCAGCUCAGCCACAGCUUUGCGGAGAUCCCCUUCCCCGCCAGCCUCCCCAGGCAGCCAGGCUCUCCGGCUUCGGAUCAUGACCCUCUGUCUCCUGAGACUGUGCCUCCCAGCCAGCCCUCCUAUGGCGGGGCAGCAUCUCCCAGGAGGAGGAAGGAAGACGACCACCAGGCCCCUAGCAUCCACGAACAGGAUGGGCUGGUGGGCGGCAGGAAGUCACCAGCUGAACGUGUGGGGGGCGGUGAGAUGCUCGGACCAGUAGCAAGCUGCCGAGACCUGGGGGGCUCCGUUGAUGUUGUUGUGGACCCCCCAGGGACAGUGCUGUCCAGAAGCCCUACUUCUCGGUGCCUCCUGACCAGCUCUGACUUUGCGGACCUCUCCUCUGGCCCAGACCCGGCACGUGUCGGCCACAAGCGGAAGACCAGCCUCUCCCUCCCAGACCCCUUCCCCUGGCAGCCCUCAGACAGGCCAGCAGAGCUCUGGGCCACACAGCCCCCCUGGCCUGGAGGAGGAUAUUCCCCGGGAUCUGAGCGUUCUGAGUGUGUGGCCCCUGGCCCCAGCUCACAGCAGACGGACCGGCUUCCCAGCUGCUCGGCAGCUCCGGGCCAGCUGUCCGCCCACCUGCACUCAGCUGCAGGCACGUAA